AUGGCGGACAUCGAGAAGCACGCCGACGAAUACCCUAAACCGGCCUCUUCCAUCUCUUCUGCCGACUUCACUCAUAUCAACGAGAAGUCUCUGCUACGAAAACUCGAUUGGAGAUUGCUUCCAGGUGUCUCCCUCCUGUACCUCGUUUCUUUCUUGGAUCGCAGCAAUGUCGCCAAUGCCCGUCUGGAUGGAUUGGUUACUGAUCUCCAUAUGACUGGCAACGAAUACCUUACUGGUCUCACCGUCUUCUUCAUCGGAUACAUCUCGUUGGAGGUCGUGUGGAAUCUGAUACUCAAGAAAAUUGGACCUAGGAUAUGGCUGCCUGCUGUGACCAUCGUUUGGGGUAUCGUGACGACUCUACAAGGCAUCCUUGUGAAUAAAGUUGGAUUUUUUGUUAUCAGGACGUUCUUGGGUGUUGCUGAGGGCGCUCUUUUCCCUGGUGUAGUAUUCUAUCUGUCAAUGUGGUAUAAGCGAGAAGAAAGAACGUACAGAGUGGCUCUUUUCUUCUCCGCAGCAUCUUUGGCUGGUGCUUUUGGUGGCAUUCUGGCAUAUGGUAUUGGCUUCAUGAAGGGCAUUGCAGGCCUCAACGGCUGGGCUUGGAUCUUCAUCAUUGAAGGCAUAGCUACUGUGCUUAUAGGAGUAGCAGCGUACUGGUUCAUCGUCGAUUGGCCUUCAAAGAGCACUUUCCUUGCUCCAGAUGAAAAAGCCUUUGUGACCGCACGCCUGAAGGCCGACAGCGACGCAUCCAAUAGCGAACAGUUUGAGUGGUCAGAAGUGUGGAAAGCGUUUAAAGACCCAAAGGUCUGGCUGUACUGCGCACACUUCCACACCCUAAGUCUUCCACUAUACACGCUUUCUCUGUUCCUGCCCUCGAUCAUCAAAAGUCUAGGCUAUACAGCUUCCUCGGCCCAGCUCCUCACCAUCCCUCCUUACGCUCUAGCAACCACUCUCACCGUCAUCUACGCCAUUACCGCAGAAAAGUUCCGCCGCAGGAACAUCUUCAUCAUGAUUUCGUCGCUCACCGGCAUAAUCGGCUACAUAAUCUUGCUUGCCAACAAACAUCCCACUCACCAUCCUGCCGCAAGCUACGUCGGCACCUUCUUCGCCGCAGCAGGUAUCUACCCUUCCACAGCAUUAGCUCUAUCACUUCCAGCCAUCAACGUAUCCGGCCAGACGAAAAGAGCUACAGCAACAGCCAUGCAAAUAACUAUCGGCAAUCUAGGCGCGAUAUUGGGCACUCAAUUGUACAGAACUGAGACGGCGCCGAGAUAUGUCUUGGGACAUUCGUUUGCGCUCGCAUAUCUGUGUUUGAAUGUUUGUGUCGCUGUUUUGACAUGGUGGACUCUGAACAGAGAAAACAAGAAAAGAGAUAGAUUGGAAGAGCAGGGCGUACAACCGCAAGAGCAGGAACAAGGCAUAGAAGGUGAUGAUGAUAUUAGAUGGAGGUUCACUGUUUAG